AUGCUGAUGCACAUAGUGCAAGACUACCGGGAGCGGGCCCGGGGGCAUCAGCGGGGGCACGAGGAGGCCGAGGCAAGGUGCCAGGCGUCCGAGGCCGAGCGCCAGGCGCUCCAAGUAAGGGUGGGAGCGGUCGAGGACGAGGUCCGAGCUCUGACUGCCGAGCUCGAAGAGGAGAAGGGCGCGCACACUCUGGCCAGAUCCGAAGUGCGCGCCACUGAGGCUCGUCUGGCCGAGGCCGAGCUGGCGCUGGCUAUCCGCGAGCAGGAGGUGGGGAACGCCCGCCUUAAAACCUUGGAGCUCGAGCGGGAAGUAAAAAACCUCAAGCGGAAAGCCGCGUAUCACGAGGCUCGGGAGCAGGCCCAAGACGCGGUUAGGCUCUUUUGCGAGUCGGAGGAGUUCCGUGACCUUCUGGAAGAGGAAGGUGUGAACGAGCUGAUCCAAGGCUUCAAAGACUUCCGCAACCAAUUGCGGAGGCUCCUUCCUGACUUUGACCUGAACCUGCUCAGACCAGGAGCAGGGGUCGAAAGGUCGGAGGCGGAGGCAGAAACUCCGGAGGCCGACCAGGGAGGUCUGGCCGAGGCGGCCGAGGCUGUCCCCGAGGUCACCGAGACGGCCUCCGAGGCUGUUCCUGGUGCUGCCGAGGCUGCCGAGGAAGAGGCUUUGAUCGCAGAACCGGCCAUUCCUGAAGUCGCCGAGCCGGAGCCUUAG